CACUGUCAAGUUCAUUACGGAACCACAUGAGAUAGCGCAGGCGUAUCGGACUUCAGUGCGCAACCAACUGGACUUCCAGACGGACGCAUAACAAUUCUUCCUACGCGGUUUUUUCAUUUUUUGAUGGAAACCUUCAUUUUUCUUCUCAAGAAGAAGAAGCCCUACUGGGGCCAGGGGUGGGUAUUACCCCCUCUGAAUCGAGAAACAUUUUCUCAGCGAUUGAUGGCCUUAAGGGCACUAUGGAGGCUGUUGCCUCCAAUAUACAGAAAAUGGGCGAGGUUUGGGCGACAAUGGCAGCCAAAAACAAACCCGCCAAACGCUCUGCGACGGUCUUUAAAGGAGAGGAAGGAGACGACUCCUCCUGCUCCGAUAUUGACAGUCCUAUGGACCAUCAGGACGAAGACGACGUUGCGAGCCUCCUCAAUGCCGCGGGAAAACAACCAAAGGCGGCAAAAAGUGACAGUGCUGCUGUCUUAGAAGAUGUAAGCGCAUCAUUUGAAGAUGAGGAGGAUACUGGGCCGAAUAUUAGCGCUAAAUUGGCUGAAAUUGCCAAUAAAGCUUUUUCUAAGCCACUGGCGACAGAAAAAGUAAAAAGGAAGAAGGAGUUGUAUUUGAGGCCACAGAACUGUGACAAAGUCACAGUGCCUCGGGUUGACAAAGAAAUUUGGCGCAGAAUGCGUAAACAGAACUAUCUCAAGAAAAGAGAUCUGAGAUUUUCUUCCAUCCAAAGUGCUAUCACUAAAAGCACCUUUGCUAUGUUAUCCGUUGCGGAAAACUUGCUAAGCAAACCCGCCGAGCCUUCGACAGAACAAUCCAUACGCGCAUGUUUAGAUGCCGUAUUUCUGCUCGGGCAUGCGAACACGUCAGUGUCGCUACAAAGGCGGGAAUUACUACGGCCCGUGCUUAAAAGCGAUCACGCCGGGUUUUGCGAUGCCAACAUACCCGUAACCUCUUUACUAUUUGGUGACGACCUGCCAAAAUCCGUCAAAGAUAUACGGGAAAUGGACAAGGUGGGCCGGGACGCGGUCCAACCGUACCAGCCAAAAAACUGGAAGAGGCCGGGGUACAACCCCCGGCACGGACAGGGCUACAAUUCCCGAGAGGGACACCCCCAGGACUGGUUCAACAAACCAGGGCCGAGUGGCGUGAGAAGGGGAAAGAAGUUCAAGAAAGAGUAG